AGUUGAUUUAUUUUCCAAGCUGCUCUCUCUGCCUGCCGUGCAAGGGACGCGCAAAGGGCUGGAGAGGUUUGGCGGACGCGUCAAAACUGGCAAAGCUGGCGGCUUAGGGGGAGGGGCAAGUGGACUUGGAGGCCCUCCUCCACUGUGCACCCCCUUGGAAAAAAAGCGGAGGGGGCACCAAGUAAAAGUUUCUUGCCAGGCAGAGCCAGCUCGGCGUCCCUCGCACAUAGCUGGGGGGAGCAGGGGUUGCUUCUGUGCCGGGCACAGCGUCUCCAGGAGCCAGCCUGAGAGAGCUGAGCCAAGGCCGAAGGAGCCGCCUGCGGGCUUAGCCGCCCCCUCCCGCCCGUUGGCCCCAGAGCGGACGCUGGGACGCCCGGGGUCUGGCAGCUCUGGGCCCGGCUAGGAGCUGGCGGGCGAGCAUUCGUCUGCGUCCUGGAGAAGGGGCGCAGCGCCGCAGUUGAGGCCGGAGCAGCCCCUCGCGGGCGUAGGAUACCUGUCAGCCCCCGGAUUGCACGGCUCCCGGAUAGUGCCUGCCGGCGAGGGGCGGGAGCUCGGGUGACUUGGCCAUCCCCAUCCCCGGCCCCCCGGGCCCGGGCACCGGCUCAGGCCCGGAGGGCGGCCACUUCCCACCGUCCCUCUUCUCUUACUGGCAGAGCGCGCUGCGGGCGGACUCCCGGGCCCGGAGCAGCCCACCGCCCACCCGGCGCCCGGUGUCUCCUCCCGGCCGCUCUACCCAGCAACUUUCCGUGCUUUGUUCCCCGGCUGGAAAUGCUCUACGGAAGCGUCUUGGACAGGGUCUCCGCCAGGCGGCAAGAGCUCGGUGCUGAGAUGUGUUACGUUCUCAUCUCCACAUCAAUUAUGGAUGGAAACAAAUAAGGAAGAGUCAAUUUUGCAUGAGCCCCUUCUCUGGCAGCGAGAGGCGUCCUGCAGCCGGGAGGGAGCCGCCGCUCGCGCCGGCAGUCGCUGGCAGGGACAUGAUGAGGAGGAAGGUAGCUCAGUGACAUUUCUGAGCAGGGGCUACCCUGACUUCACCUUGGCCCACCAUGAGGGUCUUCCUGCUUUGUGCCUACAUACUGCUGCUGAUGGUUUCCCAGUUGAGGGCAGUCAGCUUUCCUGAAGAUGAUGAACCCCUUAAUACUGUCGACUAUCACCAUUCAAGGCAAUAUCCGGUUUUUAGAGGACGCCCUUCAGGCAAUGAAUCGCAGCACAGGCUGGACUUUCAGCUGAUGUUGAAAAUUCGAGACACACUUUAUAUUGCUGGCAGGGAUCAAGUUUAUACAGUAAACUUAAAUGAAAUGCCCAAAACAGAAGUAAUACCAAGCAAGAAACUGACAUGGCGAUCAAGACAACAGGAUCGAGAAAACUGUGCUAUGAAAGGCAAGCAUAAAGAUGAAUGCCACAACUUUAUCAAAGUAUUUGUUCCAAGAAACGAUGAGAUGGUUUUUGUUUGUGGUACCAAUGCAUUCAAUCCCAUGUGUAGAUACUACAGGUUGAGUACCUUAGAAUAUGAUGGGGAAGAAAUUAGUGGCCUGGCAAGAUGCCCAUUUGAUGCCAGACAAACCAAUGUUGCCCUCUUUGCUGAUGGGAAGCUGUAUUCUGCCACAGUGGCUGACUUCUUGGCCAGUGAUGCCGUUAUUUAUCGAAGCAUGGGUGAUGGAUCUGCCCUUCGCACAAUAAAAUAUGAUUCCAAAUGGAUAAAAGAGCCACACUUUCUUCAUGCCAUAGAAUACGGAAACUAUGUCUAUUUCUUCUUUCGAGAAAUCGCUGUCGAACAUAAUAAUUUAGGCAAGGCUGUGUAUUCCCGCGUGGCCCGCAUAUGUAAAAACGACAUGGGUGGCUCCCAGCGGGUCCUGGAGAAACACUGGACUUCAUUUCUGAAGGCUCGGCUGAACUGUUCUGUCCCUGGAGAUUCGUUUUUCUACUUUGAUGUUCUGCAGUCUAUUACAGACAUAAUACAAAUCAAUGGCAUCCCCACUGUGGUCGGCGUGUUUACCACGCAGCUCAACAGCAUCCCUGGUUCUGCUGUCUGUGCAUUUAGCAUGGAUGACAUUGAAAAAGUAUUCAAAGGACGGUUUAAGGAACAGAAAACUCCAGAUUCUGUUUGGACAGCAGUUCCCGAAGACAAAGUCCCAAAGCCAAGGCCUGGCUGUUGUGCAAAACACGGCCUUGCUGAAGCUUAUAAAACCUCCAUCGAUUUCCCGGAUGAAACUCUGUCAUUCAUCAAAUCUCAUCCCCUGAUGGACUCUGCCGUUCCACCCAUUGCCGAUGAGCCCUGGUUCACAAAGACUCGGGUCAGGUACAGACUGACAGCCAUCGCAGUGGACCAUUCAGCUGGACCCUACCAGAACUACACAGUCAUCUUUGUUGGCUCUGAAGCUGGCGUGGUACUUAAAGUUCUGGCAAAGACUAGUCCUUUCUCUUUGAACGACAGCGUAUUACUGGAAGAGAUUGAAGCCUACAACCAUGCAAAGUGCAAUGCUGAGAAUGAGGAAGACAAAAAGGUCAUCUCAUUACAGUUGGAUAAAGAUCACCACGCUUUAUAUGUGGCGUUCUCUAGCUGCGUUAUCCGCAUCCCCCUCAGUCGCUGUGAGCGUUAUGGAUCAUGUAAAAAGUCUUGUAUUGCAUCUCGUGACCCAUAUUGUGGCUGGUUAAGCCAGGGAUCCUGUGGUAGAGUGACCCCAGGGAUGCUUGCUGAAGGAUAUGAGCAAGACACAGAAUUCGGCAACACAGCUCAUCUAGGGGACUGCCAUGAAAUUUUGCCUACUUCAACUACACCAGAUUACAAAAUAUUUGGCGGUCCAACAUCUGACAUGGAGGUAUCUUCAUCUUCUGUUACCACAAUGGCAAGUAUCCCAGAAAUCACACCUAAAGUGAUUGAUACGUGGAGACCUAAACUGACAAGCUCUCGGAAAUUUGUAGUUCAAGAUGAUCCAAACACUUCUGAUUUUACUGAUCCUUUAUCGGGUAUCCCAAAGGGUGUACGAUGGGAAGUCCAGUCUGGAGAGUCCAACCAGAUGGUCCACAUGAAUGUCCUCAUCACCUGUGUCUUUGCUGCUUUUGUUUUGGGGGCAUUCAUUGCAGGUGUGGCAGUAUACUGCUAUCGAGACAUGUUUGUUCGGAAAAACAGAAAGAUCCAUAAAGAUGCAGAGUCCGCCCAGUCAUGCACAGACUCCAGUGGAAGUUUUGCCAAACUGAAUGGUCUCUUUGACAGCCCUGUCAAGGAAUACCAACAGAAUAUUGAUUCUCCUAAACUGUAUAGUAACCUGCUAACCAGUCGGAAAGAGCUACCACCCAAUGGAGAUACUAAAUCCAUGGUAAUGGACCAUCGAGGGCAACCGCCAGAGCUGGCUGCUCUUCCCACUCCUGAGUCUACACCCGUGCUUCACCAGAAGACCCUGCAGGCCAUGAAGAGCCACUCAGAAAAGGCCCAUGGCCAUGGGGCUUCAAGGAAAGAAACUCCUCAGUUUUUUCCCUCUAGUCCGCCACCUCAUUCCCCAUUAAGUCAUGGGCAUAUCCCCAGUGCCAUUGUUCUUCCAAAUGCUACCCAUGACUACAACACGUCUUUCUCAAACUCCAAUGCUCACAAAGCUGAAAAGAAGCUUCAAAACAUUGAUCACCCUCUCACAAAGUCAUCCAGUAAGAGAGAUCACCGGCGUUCUGUUGAUUCCAGAAAUACCCUCAAUGAUCUCCUGAAGCAUCUGAAUGACCCAAAUAGUAACCCCAAAGCCAUCAUGGGAGACAUCCAAAUGGCACACCAGAACUUAAUGCUGGAUCCCAUGGCAUCGAUGUCUGAGGUCCCACCUAAAGUCCCUAACCGGGAGGCAUCGCUAUACUCCCCUCCUUCAACUCUCCCCAGAAAUAGCCCAACCAAGCGAGUGGAUGUCCCCACCACUCCUGGAGUCCCAAUGACUUCUCUGGAAAGACAAAGGGGUUAUCACAAAAAUUCCUCCCAGAGGCACUCUAUAUCUGCUAUGCCUAAAAACUUAAACUCACCAAAUGGUGUUUUGUUAUCCAGACAGCCUAGUAUGAACCGUGGAGGAUAUAUGCCCACCCCCACUGGGGCGAAGGUGGACUAUAUUCAGGGAACACCAGUGAGUGUUCACCUGCAGCCUUCCCUCUCCAGACAGAGCAGCUACACCAGUAAUGGCACUCUUCCUAGGACGGGACUAAAGAGGACACCGUCCUUAAAACCUGACGUGCCACCAAAGCCUUCCUUUGUUCCUCAAACCCCAUCUGUCAGACCACUGAACAAAUACACGUACUAGGCCUCAAGUGUGCUAUUCCCAUGUGGCUUUAUCCUGUCCGUGUUGUUGAGAGGAUGAUGUUGUAAAGGUACCUUAAAACAAGAGACUCGCUUGUAUUUUAAGAGAACCAAGUGGCCAAAGAAACUCUUUCUAACUUUGGCAACAUCAGAACUUGCCACAUGUAGCUACUGCAGCAAGGCUUCUGUGUACUUGCCUGAAAACAAAGGAAGGUGCUGGUCAUUCCAUUUCUUUUGUUUGAAGCUAAAGAGAUGUGUAGCUCACAGGGGCUACCUUACCAGUAUAAAGAGCUGAUAACAGUACUCAGAAGAAUCUGUGAACAAAUACUUGAAAAUGGGUUCAAUGUAGACUGCCAUUAUGUGUGGUCUUCCCAUUAAAUGUGAACAUUUUAAUUUGUAUGCAUUCACCUUGCCUCUUGCACAAAUGUCAAAAAAAAGAUGGUAAUGUCUCAAAGAAAUGAACUUGUAGAUUACCAAGCAGUUUGCUAAAAAUUCAAUCUUUGAUCCAAGCUGUAGCAUUUUUUUUCAUGUGUGGCAUUUUUUUCAUGCCACCAACAAACUUGUUGCGUGCACGCACGCGCGCGCGCAUGCGUGUGUGUGUGUGUGUGUGUGUUCUGUACCCACUAGGAUUUGUUUAGGUGCCCAUUGCAUCUUUUCGUGCUAUGGAGUUGUUUACAUUAAGCAUGACUGAACGAGAGACAAUACUAUUUCCCACAGGAGUCCAUUGGGUUCAGCUUUGAAAGAGGAAUAGAAUUGAGGCUCCUUUCACCAUCAACAUGAUGAACUUUACUUAUGUGGUACCCAAUGUCAGAAUGUAAGAGUUGCAAGUGAUUUUGUGCUGCUAUUCAUUAAAACAUGUAUUCCAGUCUUGCCAGCUUAAGGAGAUCAAGAUAUUAAGAGGUAUCCUUGAUUUAUUUUCCAGUAUUCAGUAGUAAAAUUUUCCUGUCCACUGUGAAUCAAAGCCUGAGUCACUCUAUUCAACCUUGGACACACUAACAAGGUUUUAUUUUUAUUGUGUUCGUUUUUCCCCCCAUAUAGUAAAAUUUAUCCUCUUUUAACUCUUCCUACCUCCCAAGGUAAGAAACAAAAAACAAAAAAAUCAAACAAAAAAAAAAUAGAAGACAAAAAAAGACAUAUGAAAGGAAUUGUAAUUGGCUUAACAGAAACCAAACAGUGGUGUCUGUAAAAACCUAACAGUGGUGCAAUCAUGUUGUCUGUGUUGUGUUAUGUGAGAAUUUUCUCCUAAGUCAUGCAGGUAAUGACAAUAUACUGUAAAUACCACAUGUGAGUUUACCUGAAUCUGUGCAUUUUGUGCCUUAUUCAUGAGAAUGAUAGAAGUACUAAAAUCUGUCAAGUGUUUUCAGUAUAGCACAUUAUUUACUGAGUGCCAGUUGUAAAUGUUUUUCAACCAGCACCUGAAAAGACUCUUUUCAAAAAAUCACAGAAACAACCUAGAACAAUUAUUUGUUACAUAAUCCAACUUCAUAGCAGCAUUACAUUCUUUGCCAUGAUAAACAUUCCACUCCUGCUUUCCUAAGGAUGAAACAGUGAUAAUGUGAACUCAAAUGAGGUUUCCUGGGUAAUGUGACACCUGCAGAAACUAUAGAGCGUCAUUUAUACGUAGUUUGGCAGAAACCACUUACGGCUGAUGAUGCGCAACCCUGCUGACUGUUUCAGUUAAUAUGCUGCACACCACAUACUUGUUUAGUGAACCAAAUCUAGAAAGUACCAAGGCAGAGGAAUGCUCCUGCUGUAGUCAGGCAAAUGAGUUCAACUGGAUUUCUUUUGACAAUACUGUUGGUACCUAUUACUUGGGGGAGGACAGGUUGCAGAAGACCAGAUCAUUUUUAUACAGAAUGUGAAAUACUGAUACAGUUAUUCUUUUUUUUUAAAGAACGUUGUUUUGUAAAGAACAUGAUUUCCAGUGAUCUCUGGAAGCGCUAAAGCUAAAAUUUCUGUUAUUGAAACACUUCAGCUUUGCAACUAAAAUAUUACAGAUUAAUAAUAAAUUAAACCAACCAAUGAUAAACACUACUCAGUCCACCAACAACAAACGUGUAUGAAUUCACCUUACCAAUAUUAAUCCCAGCGUGUGUAAAACAGAACAGUAACUCUAUGUGACCCCAGAUAACAUUUUGUAACAUUGUGCUUCCUUGUAGUUUGUAAUGUGAGUUCAAUCAGUAUUUAUGUUGAAAUUUCUAACAUUAAAUCUAGUCUGUAUCCUGUUAAUUUAAUUUUUAAGUGCUUUAUCCAUUUGUGCAAAGGUAAACGCAGAUUGUAUCUUUUUUAAUGGUACGGCAUAAAAAGUAACCCUCAAGUGAAGUGGCUCUAUACUGUUUUAUAGAGUACUUUAACAUGUAUAGAUACCUUGUAAACUUGUAUUGUGGAUGUGUAAAUAAUAUGUACUUUGGGUUUUUAACACCGCAUGUAAAGUCAAAAUAAAAUAUACAAAUCAUUAUA